AUGCCCAGCGGCGGCGGCGGCCCGCGAUGGGUCGCGCCCGUCGCGAUCGUCCUUCUCCCCCUUCUCGUCCUCGCGCGCGCGUGGACGCGGAUCCUCUCGCCCGCGUACGGCGGCGAGAACCGAUGCGCGAUGACCUACGUGCGCCCGGCGUACUUUCAGCUCGAGACGCCGUCGCUUCCGCCGUCCGUCGCGGACCACGGGUACAAGCUGUACAUGUACCGCGAGAACCCGAGUAACCCGGGGAUGUCCGCCUCGGAGGCGAUCUCGCAGGCCGGGGAGGGCGUCCUCGGCGGCGGGUCGACUCGAGCGCGAACGACGCGCGGGUCCGUGCCCGGGAUCUUCGUCCCGGGGAACGGAGGGAGCUACAAGCAAGUGCGGAGCAUCGCGAGCGAGACCGCGAGGGCGGCGACCGCGAAGGCGGAGGCGGCGGCGGCGAACGUCCUGCACGACGACGACGUCCUCGACUCGGAUCCGGUGUCGAUCGAUUGGUACGCGGUCCACCUCAACGACGAGCUCGGCGCGUUCCACGGCGACCUGCUCGAGCGUCAGGCGGAGUUCCUCGCUCACGCGAUGCGCUUCGUGUCGACGCUGUACCCGCCCGGGGUGCCCACGUUCGUGUACGCGCACUCCAUGGGCGGCGUCGUCGCGAGGCGCGCGAUCGUGAUGGCGUCGACGCCGUUUCCGCCGCGGACGCCCACGUGGUUCGCGUCCGCCGCGACGCUCGCGACGCUCGCGACGCCGCGAGGCGCGUCCCCGGCGUCGACGCUGCCGUCCACCGCGCGGUUCUUUUCGCGCCUGGACGCGGACUGGACGCGCCUCGAGUCGCUGCUCGAGCGCCGCGCCGCGUUGGGCGUCGCGAUCGUGGCCGUCAGAGGCGGGGAUCGCGACCGGCAGGUCACGGCGGCGGCGGCGGGCGCCUUUGGCGCGCUGGCGCGGGGGCGCGACGCGUCGUCGCGGACGACGACGACGACGCUCGGCGUCGACGUCCGCGAGCUCAGAGGCGCGAACGGGACGCUGUCCGCGGACCAUCAGUGCAUCGUGUGGUGUAAUCAGGUGGUGCGGGCGAUGAGCGAGGCGAUGCUGCGCGUCGCCGCGGCGGGCGGCGCGCGAGACGCGGCGGAACGGCGCGUCAUCGCGCGAGCGGCGUUGAUCGACGAGAAGACGGAGACGGACCGAGACAAAGAUGGAACGGAAACGGAAACGGCCGACGGCGAUGCGUUUCUUCGUGCCGUUCUCGCGUGGACGCCCGCGAUCGUCCCCGCGUCGGUCGCGCACCUCGCGUUCGCGUCCGCGCGCGCGGAGCGGCGCGCGGCGGCUCGCAGAGCGGCGGGCGCGUCGGCGUCGCGCGUCGCGUCCGCGUCGUCGGCGUUGCUCGCUCUGACGCGCGACGCGGCGUGGAUCGGGACGUUCGCGGUCGUCUUCGCGCUGACCGCGAUCGUCGCGCCGCCGGCGCACGCGCCGAGGUGGGAUGGCGGCGGCGGCGGCGGCGUGAUGCGCGUCGCGAGUCACCUCGCGGGGGUGCCGUCGUUCGUGUUCGCGACGUCGCUGAGCGUCGUCGUCGUCCAGGCGCUCGCGAUCGAGCGCGUCGCCGCGGCGCGGCGUUUUCUCACUCGUUUCCGUUUCCUCGCGCGGGGGAAGGACGACGGCGACGACAACGACGAGUCCUCCUCCUCGUCCUGGAUCGAUCUCGCGGCGCGCGCGGUCGCGGCGCUGUUCGGCGCGGCGACGACGGCGGCGGUCGCGACGACGUGCGCGACGCAGCCGGCGGUCGGUCUCGCGUUCGCGCUCGCGCUGAGUCUCAACGACGCGACUUCGACGACGACGACAACUUCGACGACUUCGACGACGGGCGACGUCGCCGUCGCCGCGACGCUGCGCGCGCUGCUGACGCUCCAGUCCUUUGCGCUGUACGCGCCGUCGCUCGCGGCGGCGAUCCGAGUCGUGAUCGAGUCUCAGGUGCGUUCUAUACACUGGUCCCCAUACGACCGCGUCGGCGUGGUGGACGCCGAUCCUUAA